CGCGCGCCAUUGGCUCACCAGCGGCCGGAGUGGCAGUGUGCAGACGGGCUCGAGUCGGAGCAUCAGGGCCAAGUUGCGCAGAGAUGCAGCGUACGUAGACGCAGCACGCGGGCACAACACCGCGGCUCUUCCCUGAUAUCAUGAUUAAAACACCGUUAAGAUAGGUUGUUGUGGGUUUUAUUUGUUUUUUUUAAUGGCGGCGCUGAAGUCGAGGUGAUCCGCUCGCCAGCGGGAGUAUAGUGCGCACUCCUUUUUUUUUGCCGGGGCUAGUAGCCAACGCAGAUAAAUCCGCUGUAUUAUUAUUUUUUCUUCUACCUGCUAUUGCAUAAGGAAUCAUGACAACGGGACAGGAUGAAAGCUCUGUCCGUGUGGCAUUGAGGAUUCGUCCUCAGCUGGCCAGGGAGAAGAUUGAGGGAUGUCACAUCUGUACGUAUGUGAUGCCUGGAGAGCCCCAGGUGAUCCUGGGGAAAGACAAGGCCUUCACCUAUGACUUUGUGUUUGAUAUGGACUCGCAGCAGGAGACCAUCUACGGUACCUGCACAGAGAAGCUGAUCGAAGGCUGUUUUGAGGGCUACAAUGCCACUGUGUUUGCAUAUGGACAGACUGGUUCAGGGAAGACAUACACCAUGGGGACUGGCUUCGAUGUCAACAUAGCAGACGAAGAGCUGGGUAUCAUCCCCCGUGCUGUCCACCACCUCUUCAAGGGCAUUGAAGAGCGCCGGCGGACCGCCCAGGAGCAGGGACGUCCUGUACCAGAGUUUAAAAUCAACGCACAGUUCCUCGAGCUUUACAACGAGGAAGUUCUGGACCUCUUUGACUCAACUCGAGACAUGAAGCAGAAAUCUCACAUUAAGAUCCAUGAAGAUGCCAACGGUGGAAUCUACACAGUGGGAGUGACCACACGGACGGUGUCCUCCGAGGCUGAGAUGAUGCAAUGCCUGAAACUGGGGGCUCUGUCUCGCACCACAGCCAGCACUCAGAUGAACGUCCAAAGCUCCCGAUCUCAUGCCAUCUUCACCAUCCACCUGUGCCAAGUCCGCGUCUGUGCCUCUGACAAUCAAGAAAAUGAUACUGAUAAUCGAGUCACCAACGGUAACUCUGAGAUGGACGAGUAUGAGACACUGACGGCCAAGUUUCACUUUGUGGACUUGGCCGGUUCGGAGCGGCUGAAAAGAACUGGAGCGACGGGUGAUCGAGCCAAAGAGGGCAUCUCCAUUAACUGUGGACUGCUCGCCCUGGGGAAUGUAAUCAGUGCUCUGGGUGACCGGAGCAAGCGGGCCUCACAUGUGCCUUACAGAGACUCCAAACUCACCCGACUCCUGCAGGACUCAUUAGGAGGAAACAGCCAAACAGUGAUGAUUGCAUGCAUCAGUCCAUCUGACCGUGACUUCAUGGAAACUUUGAACACAUUAAAGUACGCGAACAGAGCGCGGAACAUCAAGAACAAGGUGAUGGUGAACCAAGACAAGGCCAGCCAGCAGAUCAGCGCUCUGAGGACGGAAAUAGCUCGACUGCAGAUGGAGCUCAUGGAGUACAAGACGGGUAAACGUUUGGUGGGUGAGGACGGCGUGGAAAGCUUGAGUGACAUGUUCCACGAAAACUCCAUGCUGCAGACAGAGAACAGCAACCUGAGGGUGAGGGUGAAGGCCAUGCAGGAGACCAUCGAUGCCCAGCGUGCACGACUCACCCAGCUGCUCAGUGACCAGGCCAACCAGACCCUCGCUCGUGCAGGUGAAGGAGGCACAGAGGAAAUUGGAAACAUGAUUCAGAGUUACAUUAAAGAGAUUGAAGACCUUCGGGCAAAACUCCUGGAGAGCGAGGCUGUCAGUGAGAAUUUGAGGAAGAAUCUGUCCCGUGCCUCCAACCGUCAGUCGUUCUUUGGAGGGUCCAGCUCCUUUUCCUCCACUCUUCUGGCCCCCGAGAAGGAGACUGCUGACAUUAUCGAACUCGCUAAGAAAGAUCUGGAGAAACUGAAGAAACGAGAAAAGAAGAAGAAGAAAAGACUCCAGCUGCUGUUGGAGGAGAGAGAGAGGGAGGAAAGGGAGGAGGUGGUGGUGGAAGAGGUUGAGGAUGCCAGUGUCAACAAAGAAGAAGUUCCUGACAAUGAGCAAGAAAAGGGUACAGAAAAGGAAAUGACAGAGAGGGCCAGUGAGGACACGGAAAUGGAGGUCCAGGAGGGCAGUGACCAUGAGGAGGGAGAGGAAGAGGAAGAAGAGGAGGAGGAAGAGAUGGAUGUAGAGGAGAGCUCUGAUGACUCUGACUCAGAGUCAGAUGAAAAAGAGAAUUACCAGGCAGAUCUGGCCAACAUCACCUGUGAGAUUGCCAUUAAGCAGAAGCUGAUUGACGAACUGGAGAACAGCCAGCGGCGUCUACACACACUGAAACAGCAGUACGAACAGAAGCUGAUGAUGCUGCAGUGCAAGAUCCGAGACACCCAGCUGGAGAGGGACCGCGUCCUUCAAAACAUGAGUUCAGUAGAAACUGGUACAGAGGAUAAGGCUCGCAAAAUCAAGGCUGAAUAUGAGAAGAAGCUGAGCAUCAUGAACAAGGAGCUUCAAAAGCUCCAGUCGGCCCAGAAGGAGCAUGCCCGCCUACUCAAGAACCAAUCACAGUACGAGAAACAGCUGAAGAAGCUUCAGAUGGAUGUGGCAGAAAUGAAGAGGACUAAGGUCCGUCUUAUGAAGCAGAUGAAGGAGCAACAGGAGAAGAACAGGAUGAACGAGUCUCGCAGAAACCGAGAAAUAGCUUCUUUGAAGAAGGACCAGCGCAAGCAGGAGCAUCAGCUGAAGUUAUUGGAAGCUCAGAAAAGACAGCAGGAACUUAUUCUGAGGAGGAAGACUGAGGAGGUGACAGCUCUGAGGAGGCAGGUCAGGCCUACCUCGGGUAAGGUGAUCCGAAAGGUCAAUCUUCCAGAACCAGUCCAGGACUCCUCACACAGACCCCCCUCUGGACGCAUGUACUCCUCCAGCAACAGUGCUCCCAAUGGCACUUGGUCUUCUUACAGGCGCACAGGAAGUGUUUACAGCACCAGAAUGGCUCGCAACAAAUGGCAGUCCCUGGAGCGGCGUAUCUCUGAUGUCAUCAUGCAGAGGAUGACCAUCUCUAAUAUGGAAACCGACAUGAACCGCCUUCUCAAGCAAAGGGAGGAGCUCACCAAGCGCAAGGAGAAGGUCCUCAGGAAGAGGGACCGGCUGCUCAGAGAGGGGCCAGAGGCAGAGAAGACUGUUCUUCCCAUCAAUGAGGAAGUGGAAGCAUUGACAGCCAACAUUGACUAUAUUAAUGACAGUAUUGCAGAUUGUCAGGCCAACAUCAUGCAGAUGGAGGAAACCAAGGAGGAGGGUGAUUCUGUGGACGUCUCUGCUGUGAUUGGUUCUUGUACACUGACAGAGGCUCGUUUUCUCCUUGAUCACUUCAUGUCAAUGGCAAUUAACAAGGGCCUGCAGGCAGCUCAGAGGGAGUCUCAGGUGAAGGUGAUGGAGGGCAGAUUGAAGCAGACCGAAAUUACCAGCGCCACACAGAACCAGCUGCUCUUUCACAUGCUGAAGGAGAAGGCAGAGUUUAACCCAGAGCUGGACGCGCUGCUCGGGAAUGCUUUGCAAGAGCUAGGUAACAUCCCGCCUGAAAACGGGGACGAUAGCAGCAGUGACGAAUCUGCCCAGAGCCCCUCUGCAGAGGGAAACACUCUGGCUACAGAUUUCAUGAAACUUUGUGGAGAGACCAAAACAAGGAAUAAGGCACGCAGGAGGACGACCACGCAGAUGGAGUUGCUCUACGCUAACAGUGACUCUGCCCCUGAUGCACCUACUGUCGACUUUUCUAGUCCGAUGUUGCCGUUAGCUGAAACACCCGAUGCGGGCGGAGACAUGGACUUGUCAGGCUCAGUCAGGGACUACGCAGCUCUCUCCCCUGGCUUUUCCUCUAAAAUAGGCAGCAUUUCUGGCUCCAGAAAUCUGCCAGGCAUGGAAAAGCGAGCUCCUGAGCCUUCCCCGCUCUCGCGCAGGAAGACCUAUGACAAGGCACAAGCAGCGGCUGAAAGGGCAAAGGUCAAGGACAUUAAACAGGGCGUCAUUAACCCGGUCCCACCCACCAAGAGCAGCCGGUCGUCGACAUUACAGUGUGUUCAUGUGGCGGAGGGACACAGUAAAGCUGUUUUAUGUGUUGACUGCACUGACGACCUGCUGUUCACAGGAUCCAAAGACCGGACCUGUAAGGUGUGGAAUCUGGUGACGGGUCAGGAGAUAAUGUCUCUAGCAGGUCACCCCAACAAUGUUGUGUCAGUCCGUUAUAGCUCUAGUUUGGUCUUUACCGUCUCUACCUCCUACAUCAAAGUCUGGGACAUUCGGGACUCGGCCAAAUGCAUCCGCACACUAACGUGAGUAAGACUAUUUAUU